AUGGGAAACUUGGUCAAGAGCUACCGAGCCUUAAAGAAGUUAGAAUUGGAAGAGUCCCGCGAAUGGAGAAUUUGUAUCAUUAAGUUUGCACAAGAGAAAAUUUCAGUGUUGAUAUUCUGCAUUGUUCGGUCGUUUCCACAAUCGAAUAAUAAACAUUACAUCGACUUCGGAGAAUACGUUCGGGACAGUUUAUCUCUUCGCAUCCGUUCAACUGAUAUCACUCUUUUUGCCUGUUGGUAUUGCAUUCUGGCCAUUUGCCAUAUCUCAACCCACUCCAUAUUUUACCGUUACGUCAAAACUAUUCCACUUCUUGAGAGACCUUUAAAAACACGUAUUCGUUCACAAACCGUGUUUGCUAUCGUAUUCUUGACAAUGAAUUCGAUUGCCGCUCUAUCAGGAAUUCUUCUCGGUUCAGCUCUGGUUAGCAUCGCAUUUAUUCAUCCGGAUUAUUCAUUGAUUUUGUUAUUGGAGAGCGGCAGAAUGUUCAUCAGAUGUCUUUACGUGGUUGAUAGGAUAUCAAUGAGUGUUUCCAAACCUCGUAUGUAUCAGCUUGAAGAGAUGAAAAAACUAACCGAUCAAGAAGUGUCAGAAAUCAUUGCAAAUGGUUGUUUUAUUGAUAUGAAACGACGAAAGUUUCAGGAUUACUAUAUAAAAGUCACAUUACUUUUCACACUGAUGUUAAAUGCUUUAUAUGGGAAACUCGGGCUCUUCAACCUCAAAAUCGCGGCACUCGGAUACUUCCACGUAUGCGAACAAAUGAUCAGAAACUUGAUGAAUACUGAAAAAUACAGUGCAACUGAUUUACUAUAA